AACCAAUUUAAUUUGUUCUCCAAUUCAUUUCAUUUCAACAUAAACACUAAUAUUUCAUUCAUAACACACUUCAACUGAUCAAAUGGGAGCAGCGAAGGAUGAUUCAAAAAAGGAUACCGGUGCCAAGGCAGAAGGCGAUAAAAAGGCGGAAGGUGGAUCGCCUACCAUCGUCUUGAAACUCGAUUUGCAUUGUGAUGGUUGUGCUAAAAAAGUUAGAACUUCUCUUCGCCGUUUGAAAGGUGUGGAAGCUGUAAAUGUCGAUAUUGAGGGCAACAAAAUAACCGUAACGGGGAAGGUUGAUCCUUCCAAGAUUAAAGAACAGGUCGAAAAAAAGGCACAUAAGAAGGUGGAGAUAGUCUCACCUCAGCCGAAAAAGGAUGGUGAGAAAAAGGUAGAAGAUAAAAAAGAAGACAAGAAGGCAGAGGAUAAAAAGCCCAAAGAGGUUCAAUCGAGUAUGAUUGUGUUGAAAAUUCCACUUCAUUGUGAGGGAUGUGCACACAAAAUUAAAAGAACCGUGUCUAAGAUUAAAGGGGUAGAAUCGGUAAUACCGGAUGCUAGCAAGGAUUUGGUAAUGGUAAAAGGGACAAUGGACGUGAAUGGUCUUACUCCUUACUUGAAAGAAAAGUUAAAAAGAGAUGUUGAAAUAGUCCAGCCCAAAAAAGAUGAGAAGAAAGACGAUAAAAAGGACGAGAAGAAGGAGAAAAACGAUGGAGGUGAUAAGAAGGAGAAAGCAAACAGUGGUGGUGACGACGACAAGAAAAAGAAAGACGAGGGGAAGGCGGUCAAUGUUGGUGCCAAAGAUGGGAGUAGAGGCAUUGAGGUGGUUAACAAGCUUGAAAAUUAUGGACCAAAUUCGUUCACAUACACGAUGCCAACGUAUAAUCAAAACUAUUAUAGCCAAGACUACGGAAUUUUGACCUCGAACCAUGGUUAUGCAAAUGCGGGUUAUGUGAAUCAAGGCUAUGCAAUGCAAUACUCAAACGGGCCUCCACCGCCUCCUCCAAUGUACCUUCAAGACUCUAGUGCGUCUGGAAUGUUUAGUGACGAGAACCCUAACGCUUCUUGUACAAUCAUGUGAUCGAACCACUUAAGUGGCCAACAAUCAGACCCGGGCUCUAAUCACUUGAUCACGCGGUUGCUUAAACAAAUCUAAUAUAUAUCAAGUAUAUAGGAUAAUCAAGUUCUAAGUAUAAAGACCCUAUAAAUAGCUUAGUAUAGUAGAAGCUCCUAAUCAACAACAUAUUCGGCUACCUUCAUGAGGUUCAUUUGCUCUAAUUACUUUAUUCUUAUUGUUAGAUCGUUUAAUAAAUUGAUGACCUUUAAAAUGUUA